UUCCCCACUCAGCCCGGGCCGGCCGAGGACGUGUGCACGCCCAGAUUGGCUCGGCGAAGCAGCACAGAUCUGCGGGGCUGGGCGGGAUUUAAAUGUCAGUCAAAGCACCCCCAAAUCAGCUUUCCGCUCGUCUCCGGUUUCUUCCGAGGCAUUAAUUGGAUCACACGCUGCAUUUGAAGACCUCAAGUGUUUUACCUACGAAGGAAAUUUGCUCCCAUCUCCAGCAGCAACCACUGCUCCUUUUGAUGUUGUGGUACGCCGUGCGCAUGCGCUUCACAUUAGAAUUACUGCACUGGCCAGAAUAAGUUGGAUCUCUUCUUCUCUUCACUGAAAUCCUAAAUCAUAUAAAAAGCUAAAGGGAUGCUGAGAGUCCGGAAAAAGGGUUACUUUGGGAUUUGGUCAUUCCCUUUAAUAAUAGCCGUGGUGUGUGCACAGAGUGUUAAUGACCCUAGUAAUAUGUCACUGGUAAAAGAGACCGUGGAUAGACUGCUGAAGGGCUACGACAUUCGCUUGAGGCCAGAUUUUGGAGGUCCCCCGGUAGCUGUGGGCAUGAACAUAGACAUUGCCAGUAUAGAUAUGGUCUCAGAAGUCAAUAUGGACUAUACAUUGACAAUGUACUUUCAGCAAGCAUGGAGGGAUAAGAGGCUGUCAUAUAAUGUAAUACCUCUAAACCUGACUCUGGACAACAGAGUAGCUGAUCAGCUCUGGGUUCCUGAUACCUAUUUCCUGAAUGACAAGAAGUCAUUUGUGCAUGGUGUCACUGUGAAGAACAGAAUGAUCCGUUUGCAUCCAGAUGGGACAGUCCUUUAUGGACUCAGAAUUACAACAACAGCUGCUUGUAUGAUGGACCUACGGAGAUAUCCUCUGGAUGAGCAGAACUGCACGCUGGAGAUUGAGAGCUAUGGCUAUACAACAGAUGACAUUGAAUUUUACUGGCGUGGGGGUGAUAAUGCAGUCACAGGAGUGACAAAGAUUGAACUGCCACAGUUCUCCAUUGUAGACUACAAGCUUAUCACCAAGAAUGUUGUUUUCUCUACAGGUGCCUACCCAAGGCUGUCUCUCAGCUUUAAGCUUAAGAGAAACAUUGGCUACUUCAUUCUGCAGACCUACAUGCCUUCCAUUCUGAUCACUAUCCUGUCCUGGGUUUCCUUCUGGAUUAAUUAUGAUGCUUCAGCAGCAAGAGUUGCUUUAGGAAUCACAACUGUGCUCACAAUGACAACGAUUAACACCCAUCUUCGAGAGACUCUCCCCAAAAUUCCCUAUGUGAAAGCCAUUGACAUGUACCUUAUGGGCUGUUUUGUCUUCGUUUUCAUGGCUCUCCUAGAGUAUGCAUUGGUCAACUACAUCUUCUUUGGCAGGGGACCCCAACGUCAAAAGAAAGCUGCAGAAAAAGCUGCAAGUGCCAACAAUGAGAAGUUACGGAUGGAUGUUAAUAAGGACAGAAGAAUAAUUGGCACAUAUCAUUGUCCAGAAAUGUAUUCAACAAAGAUGGACCCACACGAAAAUAUUUUGUUGAGCACACUUGAAAUCAAAAAUGAGAUGGCUGCCUCUGAGGCUGUGAUGGGGCUUGGGGACCCUAGGAGCACUAUGCUGGCCUAUGACACUUCAAGCAUCCAGUACCGGAAAGCUGGGUUACCCAGGCACAGCUUUGGCCGGAAUGCCCUGGAGCGACACGUGGCACAGAAGAAAAGCAGGCUAAGGAGACGUGCAUCCCAGCUGAAAAUCACCAUCCCUGAUUUGACUGAUGUAAAUGCCAUAGAUCGAUGGUCCCGCAUAUUCUUCCCUGUGGUUUUUUCCUUCUUCAAUAUUGUCUAUUGGCUUUAUUAUGUGAACUAAGAAACAAAGCCACACGGGAAACAAGAACUGGAUUUCUCUUCAAAUCGGUUGUACAGCCA